AUGAUGUCGUCGAUCGAUGCCGAUGAGGUUCGUCGAAGGAAAGAAUAUGCGGAGCGAAAAGUUCGCGAACGACACUUACAGCUUAAAAAAGAGGCGGACGAGCGAAGGAAAAUGUCGAAGGAGCAUAGAGAGAAAGUCCAAUCGCAGUUGAGACGCGAACAAGAAUUGCUGCAAAAACGAAUGCAGGCGUUAAACGAGGAUGAGGAGCGUAAGCGUGCGACGUUGGCGAAACAGCACGAGGCGACGUCGCGAAUCGCGAGUCUCACCAAAUCGCCGAAAUCGUUCGCGUUCGGCUCAUCGACACCGCGAACGCUGGCCUAUUUGGACAAUUUGCCGAAAAGCGAACAGCAAUACGAUAAGAAGUUGAAGCCGCUGAAUGAGUCGGGAAGCAGUAGCACAACGAGUCCACAAUCGCGAAGCGGUCGAUCAUCGUUGGCGCCGUCUCGUCCGCCACCGGCGGCGCACAAACCGGCGCCGACGCUAGCCAGCAUGACGACGUCGUUGUAUGUCACUUCGAGUGCGCCGACGACGCGAACGCGACCUCAACGACCGGCGAUGACGCCGUCGACUCGACGAGCCGCGCCGCUUCCAGCCACCUCGGCGGCAAUGACUCAAUCGUUCUUCACACCGUCUCGACCGAACGCGGCGUUUGCGAGAACGACGCGAGCCACUCCGCCGUCGCGAGGCGCCACACCGCCUGUACAACAGCAGCAGAGCAAAAAACCGCCGCGCGGGCGAACCGUCGCGCAGCGAGCCGAAGUCGUUAGGAAGCAGAAGGAGGAGGCGGUUAAAGCGGCGCCUUUGAAGAAAUCUGAGACGCGAAUCGCGCCUGAAGACGUUAAGAAGGACUCGGAGCCGGAAGUUGCUGCUGAGAUUGUCCACAAAGAGCCUGAAGUUGUGGAAGCUCCCAUUGUGAUUCUGAAGGAGGAGAAUGUUGAAGCUCAUAUUGAGCGAGAGGUCGAAGCGCAAGAAGAAGAAGCUCUCAAAAGGGCUUCAGAAGAAGCUCAUGCUCCGUUCGAGCCUAAAGUUGAAGUUCAUAGUGAGACUGAGGAGAAACAAGCCGAAGAGAUUCCAGCUCAAACUCAAUCCGAGCCGGAGUCAACUUCGCUUGAAGAUGAGCUGCAAGCAGCCGAAACUUCCUUGGAAGAGGAGCUGAAGGAUGCUGGAGCACUUCCUGAUAAGCAGCUUAUCGAUUUGAGUGGUCCGUCACUUGAGGAUGAGCUGAAUGCGGCUGAGCAUCCGCUUGACACGAUUCCCGAAGUGGAAACGUCGGUGACGGUUGAAUUGUGCGCGGCUCGCGUCGCUUCGCACGAAGUCGUCAUGUCGUGCGAGCCGACAAUGAAGAGCUCGGUGGAGACGACAUUCUCGAACGACGUCGAGACGGUGUCGAUGGACGCGAACCGAUUCGACGAGACGCUCGACUACACGGAGGAUUUGAGCAAAGAGCGUCCGCGCAAGAACUCCGAAUCACUGAACGCCUAUCUCGCUGAAGUCGAGCGGAAUCUGAAGCCGGGGUGCGGGCCGAUGGUUGCCGAGGCGAUGAUCGUCGUCUCGGACAACGUCGACAAGGAUGACGUUCGGGAAUUGGACUACAAUCAUCAUCAAAUCGUCGAUGACGACGACGAAGAGGCAGACAGCGGCAAAGCGUCGCCGACGAACUCGGAGACGUCGUCGACAAUCGACGACGUCACACCGAGGACGGUCGUCGAGCGUCAACCGAUGGCGCGAGUUGCGCGCGUCAAAACCGCCGACGAGAUUGCCGACGACGAGCGAAAAUUGCGCGAGGCCGAAGAGAAGAAGGCGAAAAUCGCGGCGAUUCUCGCCAAAUCGCGACAAAUGGCGCUGCCGACGGCGACGACGGCGAUGAUGAAUCUGCCGGGACAGGUGUUGGCGAAUGAUUCGCCAACGACGCCAAUUGCACCAACGGUGGCGGCACCGCCAACACGAGCUUCCAUCACGCCAUCAGCCGUUUCACCAAAUGCCGCACCAAAUUCGGAUGAGACGAUGUCGAGGACGAGGACGACGACGACGACGACUGACGGCAGCGGAACCGAGGCGGUGCUGGCGCGAUUGGCCGCCAAUCCGAAUUUGCCGUCGCUCGCGAAACUCUUGCAACGAAAACAGGGAAGCAAUCCGUCGUUAAAGACGUCGGAAUCGAAUGGCGGCGAGAUUUUCCCAUAG